GCUUCACUGCUGCCUCACUGGAAAGGAGGACUUAAACUUCCGCCACCGUCAUGGCGGCACCGUGCUGCUUCUGAUAUGGAAAAAAAGGAGAAAAUAACAAGCCAGCCCUCCCGUGUGCGGGCCCUGACCACGGACCUGGAGGAUUAAAGGGUCAGAAAGCGCAGGAAAGGCGUGUUUUUGUGCACGCCAUGGCGGCGCACAAACCCGCUGAAUGGGUUCAGGCCGUCAUUAACAGAUUCGACGAGCAGCUUCCAGUCAAAGCCGGGCAACAGAACACACAUACCAAAGUCAGCACUGAACACAACCGAGAAUGUCUGAUCAACAUCUCCAAGUACAAGUUCUCGCUGGUCAUCAGUGGCCUCACCAACAUACUGAAGAACGUGAACAAUAUGAGAAUCUUUGGCGAAGCUGCAGAGAAGAACCUCUAUCUAUCUCAGCUCAUCAUCUUGGACACGUUGGAGAAGUGCCUCGCAGGGCAACCGAAGGACUGUAUGCGUCUUGACGAGACGAUGUUGGUGAAGCAGCUCCUGCCAGAGAUCUGUCAUUUCAUUUACACGUACAGAGAGGGGAAUCAGUACGCUGCUGAGCUGCGGAGCUCCGCCUCCGGGGUUCUGUUCUCGCUCAGCUGUAACAACUUCAACGCCGUCUUCAGCCGCAUCUCAACCCGGUUACAGGAACUGACUGUGUGUUCUGAAGACACGGUGGACGUCCACGAUAUCGAGCUCAUCCGCUACAUUAACGUGGACUGCUCCAAACUCAAAAGACUCCUGCAAGAAACAGUGUUCAAAUUUAAAGCCCUGAAAAAGCCUGCGCAGUUGAGCGCCAUCUACAGUCUAGAGAAGGCGUUCUGGAACUGGGUGGAGAAUUACCCAGAAGAGCUCACUAUGCUGUACCAAAGACCACAGACAGACAUGGCUGACUGUGCAGAGAAGCUUUUUGACCUGGUGGACACUUUUGCUGAGAGUGCGAAAAGGAAGGCAGCCGUGUGGCCACUGCAGAUCAUCCUUCUCAUCCUCUGUCCCAGUAUCAUACAGGAGCUGUCACGAGAGCUGCUAGAGGAGAGCAAGGUCAACAAGAAACUGUUUAUAGAGAGCCUGAGGAAAGCUCUGGUCGGACACGGGGUCAGCAAGCAGCUGACGGAGAGUGCAGCCAUCACCGGAGUCAAACUGUGUAAAGCUUCUACUUACAUCAACUGGGAGGAUCACUCCAUCAUCUUCCUCCUGGUGCAGUCCAUUGUGGUAGAUCUGAAGGCUCUGCUGUUUAACCCCGCUAAGCCGUUCUCACGAGGUGCAGGCUGUCAGAGCGCAGACUUGGAUCUGAUGAUCGACUGCUUCGUCUCCUGCUUCCGCAUCAACCCACACAAUAACCAGCAGUUUAAAGUCUGCUUGGCUUCAUCUUCACCGUCCAUCUUCCACAUUGUCUUGGUGAACUCCCUGCACAGAAUCAUCACAAAUUCUCCACUCGACUGGUGGCCCAAGAUCGACGCCGUGUACUGUUACUCAGGCAAGCUGCGCGUCAUGUUCGCCGAGACACUUGGCUGCAGCACUCACACUCCCCUGCGCAUGACGAGUCUGACAUUUAAGGACAGGGUUACCAGUCUGAAGUUUAAAGAGAAGACCACUGAUCUGGACACCAGGAGUCAUAGAUAUCUUCUGCUGGCUCUUGUGAAGCUCAUCCACGCCGACCCCAAACUCCUGCUUCAUAACCCAGGGAAGCAUGGUCAGGAGAUCCAGAGCAGCACAGCCGAUCUCAUCAAGGGGCUCAUGCACCUGGUGCCCCUCAUCAACAUGGGGGAAAUUUCCCAGGAGGCCAUGGAGGCUUUGCUGGUUCUGCAUCAGCCUGAAAUCAUUGAGCUGUGGAAUCCUGAUGCUCCCAUGGAGACCUUCUGGGACAUCAGCUCCCAGGUUCUUCACUUCAUCUGCUCAAAGCUCAUCGGUCACCAGCAGAUCAACAGCACCGAGAUUCUCAAGUGGCUUCGAGAGAUCCUUAUCUGCAGGAACAAGUUUCUCCUCCGGAACAAAGAGCGUGCUGCGAUGGGCAGCAUCAUCCCCAUGUGCAGGCAGGCACAGGCCAAGUUGGAGGUGUGUCUCUACACGUUCCUGUGGAGCCCAGACAUGGAGGCCGUUCUCGUGGCCAUGUCCUGCUUCAGGCACCUGUGCGAGGAGGCCGACAUUCGCUGCGGCAUGGACGAGAUGCCUGUGCAGACCAUCCUGCCCAACUAUAACACCUUCAUGGAGUUUGCCUCCAUCAGCAACAUGAUGACCACAGGUCGAUCAGCCUUACAGAAGAGAGUAAUGGCUUUGCUCAGGAGGAUCGAGCAUCCCACACCUGGCAACACUGAGGCUUGGGAAGACACACAUGCGAAGUGGGAACAUGCCACCAAGUUAAUCCUGAACCACCCCAAAACAAAGUUAGAAGACUGUCAGGAAUGGAUAAACAUGACAGGUUUCCUGUGUGCCCUGGGCGGUGUGUGUCUGCAGCAGAGAAACCCUCCAGGUCUGGCCACAUACAGCCCCCCCAUGGGUCCUCUGAGUGAGCGGAAAGGCUCCAUGGUGUCCAUGGGCUCGUACGAGGGCAAUAUCGAGACGCCACUCAGUAAGUUCCUGGACCGUCUGCUCUCUCUCAUGGUGUGCAGCCACGAAAAGGGCGUGCAGAUCCGCAACAACGUCAAGGACCUGGUGGGUCUGGAGUUAAGUCCGGCUCUCUACCCCAUGCUCUUCAACAAGCUCAAGAACAGCAUCAGCCGCUUCUUUGAAGCACAAGGACCGGUGCCAAUCAAUGAAACAAACACACAGUUUGUUGAACAAACCAUUGCCAUAAUGAAGAACCUGUUAGAUAAUCACACAGAGGGCAGCUCUGAACAUCUGGGUCAAGCCAGCAUCGAGACUAUGAUGCUGAACCUGGUCAGGUACGUGCGCAUUCUGGGCAACAUGGUCCAUGCCAUCCAGAUCAAAACCAAGCUGUGCCAGCUGGUGGAGGUGAUGAUGGAGCGCAGAGACGAUCUGUCCUUCUGCCAGGAGAUGAAGUUCAGGAAUAAGAUGGUGGAGUAUCUGACAGACUGGGUAAUGGGAACCUCCAACCAGGCAGCAGAUGACGAUGUUAAGUGUCUGACGAGGGAUCUGGACCAGGCGAGUAUGGAGGCUGUGGUGUCUCUUUUAGCAGGGUUACCACUCCAACCGGAGGAAGGAGAUGGGGUGGAACUCAUGGAAGCCAAAUCUCAACUUUUCCUCAAGUACUUCACACUCUUUAUGAACCUGCUGAAUGACUGCAGCGAGCCGGAGGAUGACGGACAGCAGGUGGCCGGUCGUAAGAGGGGCAUGUCGAGACGCCUGGCAUCUCUGCGCCACUGCACUGUGCUGGCCAUGUCCAAUCUGCUCAACGCCAACGUGGACAGUGGCCUCAUGCACUCCAUCGGUCUGGGCUACCACAAGGACCUGCAGACCCGUGCCACCUUCAUGGAGGUCCUCACCAAGAUCCUGCAGCAGGGCACGGAAUUCGACACGCUGGCCGAGACGGUGCUGGCCGACCGCUUCGAGAGGCUCGUCGAGCUCGUCACCAUGAUGGGAGAUCAGGGAGAGCUGCCCAUCGCCAUGGCGCUUGCCAAUGUGGUGCCUUGUUCUCAGUGGGACGAGCUGGCACGGGUUCUGGUGACGCUGUUUGACUCGCGUCACCUCCUUUAUCAGCUGCUGUGGAACAUGUUUUCCAAGGAGGUGGAGCUUGCCGACUCCAUGCAAACGCUCUUCAGAGGGAACAGCCUGGCCAGUAAAAUCAUGACCUUUUGUUUUAAGGUUUAUGGUGCUACGUAUCUGCAGAAGCUUCUGGAGCCGCUCCUUCGUGGAGUCAUAACGUCUCCUGAGUUGCAGAUGAUCAGUUUCGAGGUGGAUCCCACCAGACUGGACCACAAUGAAGUGUUGGAGGAAAACCAGCACAACCUGCUGAGCAUGACAAACCGCUUCUUCCUAGCCAUCAUCAACUCCUCGAGCGAAUUCCCACCACAGCUGAGGAGUGUGUGUCAUUGCCUGUUCCAGGCCACUUGCUACUCUCUACUGAAUAAAGCCACAGUUAAAGAGAAAAAGGAAAGCAAAAAAUCUGUGGUGAGUCAGCGUUUUCCUCAGAACAGCAUCGGUGCCGUUGGCAGUGCCAUGUUCCUGCGCUUCAUCAACCCAGCCAUCGUCUCCCCGUAUGAAGCCGGGAUCCUGGAUAAGAAGCCUGCUCUGAGAAUAGAGCGAGGGCUCAAACUCAUGUCAAAGAUUCUGCAGAGCAUCGCUAACCAUGUGUUGUUCACCAAGGAGGAACACAUGAGACCUUUCAACGACUACGUGAAGAGCAAUUUCGAAGCAGCCCGAAAGUUUUUCUUGGACAUUGCUUCUGAUUGCCCUGCCAGUGACUCUGUGAAUCACAGCCUCUCGUUCAUCAGUGAUGGCAAUGUGCUGGCUCUGCAUCGGCUACUGUGGAACAACCAGGAGAAGAUCGGCCAGUACCUCUCCAGCAACAGGGAUCAUAAAGCAGUGGGUCGACGUCCCUUUGACAAGAUGGCGACUCUGCUCGCCUACCUCGGACCUCCCGAACACAAACCUGUAGCUGACACACACUGGUCCAGCCUGAACCUCACCAGCUCCAAGUUUGAAGAGUUCAUGACCAGGCACCAGGUCCACGAAAAAGAAGAGUUCAAAGCAUUAAAAACCCUCAACAUUUUCUACCAGGCAGGAACAUCCAAGAACGGCAACCCCGUCUUCUACUACGUCACCCGCAGGUUCAAAACUGGACAGAUUAAUGGAGACUUGCUCAUUUACCACGUCCUGCUCACCCUGAAGCCCUACUACGGCAAACCAUAUGAGAUCGUAGUAGACCUGACUCACGCCGGCCCCAGCAACCGCUUUAAAACCGACUUCCUCUCCAAAUGGUUUGUCGUCUUCCCGGGGUUCGCGUACGAGAAUGUAGCAGCCAUCUAUAUCUACAACUGUAACACGUGGGUGAGGGAAUACACCAAGUACCAUGAGAGGCUUCUCACUGGCUUGAAGGGCAGCAAGAAGCUGCUUUUCAUCGACUCGCCUUCAAGGCUGGCUGAACACAUCGAGCUGGAGCAGCAGAAGCUUCCGGCUGCCACGCUGAGCUUGGAGGAGGAUCUCAAGGUGUUUCAUAAUGCUCUCAAACUGGCCCACAAAGACACCAAGGUGUCCAUCAAGGUGGGCUCCAACGCCGUACAGGUGACCUCAGCAGAUCGCACACGGGUCUUGGGCCUCUCCGUCUUCCUCAACGACAUCUAUUAUGCCUCAGAGAUCGAGGAGAUCUGCCUGGUGGACGAGAACCAGUUCACUUUGACCAUCGCCAACCAGGGCACGCCACUCACCUUCAUGCACCAGGAGUGCGAGGCAAUCGUACACUCCAUCAUCCACAUCCGCACACGCUGGGAGCUCUCUCAGCCUGACUCCAUCCCACAGCAUACCAAGAUCCGGCCCAAAGACGUGCCCGGGACACUCCUGAACAUUGCCCUCCUCAACCUGGGCAGCUCCGACCCUAGUCUCAGGUCAGCAGCCUAUAAUCUCCUGUGUGCAUUGACCUGCACAUUUAACCUGAAAAUCGAGGGUCAGCUGCUGGAGACGUCGGGUCUGUGCAUCCCGGCCAACAACACCCUCUUCAUCGUCUCAAUCAGCAAGACGCUGGCAGCCAACGAGCCUCAUCUCACGCUGGAGUUCCUCGAGGAGUGCAUCUCUGGCUUCAGCAAGUCUAGUAUUGAGUUGAAACACCUCUGUCUGGAGUACAUGACUCCCUGGCUGCUCAACCUGGUCCGCUUCUGCAAACACAACGACGAUGCCAAGCGCCAGCGUGUCACCGCCAUCCUGGACAAGCUCAUCACAAUGACCAUCAAUGAGAAGCAGAUGUACCCGUCCAUCCAGGCCAAGAUCUGGGGCAGCCUGGGCCAGAUCACUGACCUGCUGGACGUGGUUUUGGACAGCUUCAUUAAGACCAGUGCUACAGGAGGCCUGGGCUCCAUCAAGGCUGAGGUGAUGGCGGAUACUGCUGUGGCUCUGGCCUCUGGCAAUGUCAAACUGGUGUCUAGCAAGGUCAUUAUCCGCAUGUGUAAGAUCAUCGAUAAGACGUGCCUGUCCCCGACGCCGACGCUGGAGCAGCACCUGAUGUGGGAUGACAUUGCAAUCCUGGCACGCUACAUGCUCAUGCUGUCCUUCAACAACCUGCUGGAUGUGGCAGCUCAUCUGCCCUACUUAUUUCAUGUGGUGACACUGCUGGUAGCCACAGGGCCACUCUCGCUGCGCGCCUCCACACACGGCCUCGUCAUUAACAUCAUCCACUCACUCUGCACCUGCUCACAGCUCAACUUUAGUGAAGAGACCAAGCAGGUGUUGAGGCUGAGUCUGACCGAAUUCUCACUGCCCAAAUUUUACUUGCUGUUCGGCAUCAGUAAGGUCAAGUCUGCGGCCGUCAUAGCUUUCCGCUCCAGCUACAGGGAUCGUUCUUUCUCUCCAGGAUCGUAUGAGCGUGAGACCUUCGCUCUGUCCUCGCUGGAGACAGUGACGGAGGCUCUGUUGGAGAUCAUGGAGGCGUGCAUGAGGGACAUUCCAGGGUGUAAAUGGCUUGAUCAGUGGACCGAAUUGGCUCAGAAGUUUGCUUUCCAGUACAACCCUUCACUACAGCCCAGGGCUCUAGUGGUGUUUGGCUGCAUCAGCAAGCGCAUCACCCACGGUCAGAUCAAACAGAUCAUCCGCAUCCUCAGCAAGGGUUUGGAGAGCUGCUUAAAGGGGCCAGACAGUUACAACAGCCAGGUGCUGAUCGAGGCCACGGUCAUUGCUCUCACCAAGCUGCAGCCCCUGCUGACCAAGGACUCGCCCAUGCACAAGGCUCUGUUUUGGGUGGCUGUGGCGGUCCUGCAGCUGGACGAGGUGAACCUGUACUCGGCAGGCACGGCCUUGCUGGAGCAGAACCUGCACACGCUGGACAGCAUGCAUGUCUUCAAUGACAAGAGUCCUGAGGAGGUAUUUAUGGAGAUUCGUAAGCCUCUGGAGUGGCACUGCAAACAGAUGGACCACUUUGUCGGCCUCAACUUUAACUCCAACUUCAACUUUGCACUUGUGGGUCAUCUGCUUAAAGGCUACAGGCAUCCUUCCCCCACUACUGUGGCACGGACAGUGCGCAUCCUACAUAUGCUUCUCAGCCUGGUGGGAAAACAUCUCAACUGUGACAAGUUUGAGGUCAACACACAGAGCGUAGCCUACCUGGCCGCUCUGCUCACAGUGUCAGAGGAAGUACGCAGCCGGUGCAGUCUGAAACACAGGAAGUCUCUGCUUCUCUCCGAUGUUGCCAUGGAGAAUGUUCCUAUGGAGACGUACUCAGUGCAUACUCGCGACCCUAACUGCAGGACGUUGAGAGAGAACCAUCCUUGGGCGUCUCCUAAAGUUUCAGAACGGUACUUGGUUGCAAACUACCCCAUCGUGGGCCAGAUCAGCCCUCGGACUCGGAAAUCUAUGAGCCUGGACAUGGGCCAGCCAUCUCAGGCCAACACCAAAAAACUUCUGGGGACGAGAAAAAGCUUUGACCACUUGAUAUCAGACACGAAGGCACCAAAAAGGCCAGAGAUGGAGUCUGGCAUUACAACUCCCCCCAAGAUGAGAAGAGUGGCUGAGAACGACUAUGAAAUAGAAACCCAAAGAAUCUCUCAGCAGCACCACCACCUGAGGAAAGUCUCCGUGUCCGAAUCCAACGUCCUCCUGGACGAGGAGGUUCUCACUGACCCGAAGAUCCAGGCACUUCUCCUCACCGUGCUGGCAACUCAGGUCAAAAACACGACGGACGAAUUCGACCAGAGGAUUCUCUAUGAGUUUUUAGCCGAGGCUUGCGUCGUCUUUCCGAAAGUCUUUCCUGUGGUUCACAACCUCUUGGACUCGAAGAUCAACACGCUGCUGUCUAUGUGCCAGGACCCGAUCCUGCUGAACCCUGUGCAUGGCAUUGUACAGAGUGUGGUGUACCACGAGGAAUCGCCCCCGCAGUACCAGCCUUCGUAUCUUCAGAGUUUCGGAUUUAAUGGACUCUGGAGAUUUGCUGGACCUUUUUCAAAGCAAAACCAGAUCCCGGACUACGCCGAGCUGAUUGUUAAGUUUCUGGACGCUCUGAUUGACACCUAUCUGCCUGGGAUUGAUGAGGAAGGCAGCGAAGAGGCGCUGAGGACACCUACUUCUCCGUAUCCACCUCCGGUCCAGAGCCAGCUCAGCAUCACUGCCAACCUCAACCUCUCCAACUCCAUGACCUCUCUGGCAACCUCACAACACUCGGCAGGUGUCGAUAAGGAGAACACGGAGUUGUCUCCGAGUGCUGCGGUUCCCACCAGUGGACGCGCACGACACGGCUCUGCCAGCCACGUCCAGAAGCAGCGCAGCGCCGGCAGCUUCAAGAGACCGAGCAUUAAGAAGAUUGUAUGAAUACGGCGCCCUCUGCUGGGCCACACACACCAUGCUGCAUUUCUACUCACACACUCCUUCCUGUUGCCCUCUUCUUACUUUUAUUAUUAUUAUUAUUAUUAUUAUUAUUAUUAUUAUUUUCUCCUGACCUCCGUUUUCAGCCAUACUUUGCCUGACGAUCAAUAAAAAAAAAAAGACAGGACUAAUGGAAAGGAAGUUCUCAAACGUUUGGGAACCAGUCAGUGUUUGAGGAGAAUUUUUUAUGCUUAUAAAGGAACUUGAACUUUUUUUAAUGCAGCACCACAAGCUCUUUAUUUUUAUUCCAAACUAGGUGUCUAAAGGAAAAGCACUGAAAUUUACAAUUCCACUGCGUUGAAUGUUUUGUAAGACCCCCCCCCCUUAAAUCACUUUUAAUGGAAAGUAUUAACCGGGUUGCUCUGUUCAGUCCUUUUUUCUCUCCACAGGGUUUAACUCUGCCUACAUUCUGCUUUGUGAUCAAAUAUCUUGGUUUUUACUGCGCACACACAGCGCACGUUACUGUAUACUCACAGUAUAAUUUGCACUUGAAUUAGAAUCUGUAUAUUUCCAGUCCUGCUUGGGUCUAGAGGUGCAGGACUGUUCCUGGACAUUUGAGGGCUUAUGACAUUUUUAAUAAAUAGGUAGAUUGAUAGAGAAAGAGAGAGAGAGAGAUGGAUGGAUGGUAUUGACUAUUGCAUGAUUGUUGCUUCCACAUAGAGGUGAGUAUUUAAGAAAUAUCUGAUCUCCUGUGAGCAGCAGCUCCUCAGGUGGAAAGACCUUGUUGAUGAGGGAGAUCACCAGACUGGUUGGAGCCGACAGGAAGACUACCACCUUUGUACAGCUGUGAUGAGCUGAAAAGCAUUUCAGAACACAAGAAUCUGAGGUUACAGUAGGCACAGGCUCUCCCAAGCUAAAACCUCAGACAGGUAAAGAUUUCCCAAGGAUCCUGGUCUUAUUCUGAGUGAUUCUGUUAACACUGUAGUGUCAGAUUCCUGUGUGGUGCAUUAGGAGAUGCUUUUCUGCUCGCCACGGACAUAAGGAGUAGUUAUUUUGGUGACCUUAGCCUUCUUGUCAUUUCAAACCAAUUCUAGAUUUAACGUUAAUUUGAUGCUUAUGGCAGUGUAGGCGUUUUCCUUGAAAUUGUCUCGACUGCGGUUAUUGUAGUGCAUCUCUCUCCCUGAGGAGGAUGAUGUUGCUCAGUGCACUAUAUGAUUCCCCAAUGUGAUUCUGAUCAUCAACGUAAGACUGAAAUACUGAAGCAGCACUUGAUUAGAACCGAACCAUCACCGUCAUCCUUUUUAUUUAUGAAAUGAAAGCUAAUCGUUUUCUUCUGUUUACUGUAGAGCCAAGUAGUUCAACUAGGAUUGUUAUUUCCUUGAAACACAUCACUCGUUGAAAUGUAACCAACACAGCAACACCUUCUCAGCAUUCCAUCAGUAUCGGGGAUUGGCUCAUGCUCAUUGCGCUGAUGUAGGAAUUGUGUCUAAUAAGGGGCGUGUCCAUCAUCCGUGGUGUGUCGUAAUGGAAAGGGGAUGGUUCACAGUAUUUGGUGUGGACCUAACAAAUCAAAAAUGGUACUCGGUUGAGUGUUUACAGUGAUUUUGUACUUGAAUUAGCGAGAAAUUGUGAACCAGUUUCUGUAUGUGAAUUCGCCAAUGAAAAUCGCCUAUGAGAGAUUUUAAUCAAAUGUUUCGAAAACCAAAGUCUAGGAUAAUGGUGCAAUAUAAUCCAAGAGCAUUCAACAGCACUGCAUGCUUAUGACGAAGCCUCACCUUUCAGCACCCGAUGUUUGUUUUUGUUUUUGUUUUUUUUAAGUCAGUGAGCAUCAGGUGCGUGUUUGAGCUGGGAUACUCAGCUCUUGAUUGGUGGGACCAAGUCUGAUUUUGCAUAAUGUAUUGAAAUAUUGGGGUAGUUCAGUGUUUAAAGGUGCAGUUUGUGUUUCUCUGAUAGUCAUGAAAGUGUAGAAAUAUUACCACGCGUAUCCUGGUGUCUCAUGCAAGGUGUAUUCCCGCCUAGUUUUCUAGGCUCUGGAUGCUCGACCCUGACUUGCAUGAAAUGGUGAUUAGGUGCAGCUGCAAUUCCUCACACAUGCAGCAGAGGGAGCAAAACACUUCUAAGUGAACCUUUAAGACUCUGCUAGGUUGCCAGGACUCUGCUAGAGAGACAGUUUUGGACACUUGGACACUUAUGCCUCACUUUUAAGCCAUUUGUAUUACCUAAAACUAUAAAACUAUAACUAUGAAAUCUACUGAACCUACACUUCUGAAAUCUAGAGCAAAAAGGAAAUCCAGACGAAAGGAAGAACAAUUGAUGGGUUAUGUUUAAAGAGCAGAUAUGUAGGAUCACCAUCACCCCCCCCAAAUAUGUAAACAAAUGCAUUUUUUGCAAUCAGUCUGCUCUUCCCCGAGUGCUCUUGACGCAUACAUGAUGUCAUCGACUGUCCACUUCCACUAGUUCAUGUCAAAAGCUAUUUUUUAUUACUUUUUAAUGAAACUUUUAAUGAACUUUGGUGAAGAAUACGAGGUGAGACGGCACUGUGCAGGUUUUAAUGUUUAAAGAUUUAUUAUAUAUAUUCGUUCUUUCAUGCAUUAAGGUUACCAUUUUCUGUUUAAACCAUUGCAAAGUAAAUGCCUUUGCUUGACCUUAUAAUGUUGAUGUGUUAAUUUUCUGUGCUCACAUCAGGGUCAGGUUAUAUUAUUGAAGCUUUAACCACAGGUUUGGAUCGAAAAGGAAAAAAUCCACAGAGGGUAGAAAUGAUUGAAUAUUGUUAAUCAGAUUUCUAUCGAUGUAUGCAGGUAAUACGGCUUUGCCCUCAUCGUGAGUGAGUGAGUUUUAGCCAUAGACUUUCACAACACCUUAACUAGUUCAGUGUAAUUCGCAGACGUUAUGCAAAACAGAACUUUUUUCUUUCUUUUUUUUCAUCUAUUUCCUGUUUUUUAUGCUUCACAACUGUAAAUAAUUUUGUGUAAAAAAAAAAAAAAAAAAAAUCGAAAGAUAUAUUUACUACACUGUAAAUACAUGUGACAAUAUAUUGUAUUAUUUUGCUUUUUGUAAAAGAGCUCAUUGCUGUACAUGUACAACAGAAUACGACGUAUGGUGUUGGUAACGGAGACCUCCAUCAUGUUCACAGCGCUAUGUCGUAAAUCCUCCAAGGAUUAAAACAGAUGGUUACAAAACCAUUGUAUAGAAACACAUUGAAUAAUAAAUUUCAGUUACCACCUGAUUUCAUAUUUACACAACCUUACACUAAUAAAGUAAAUUCUGU